AUGGCAAAGAAGGAGGACCUUGUUCCUGGUAAUAUUGUGGAAAUCGGGGUUGGUGAUAAGGUGCCUCCUUAUCUGCAUGUGGUAGCUUUGAUUAGUUCCACACUUAGAGUCGAGCAGGAUUCCUUGGCAGGAGAACGUGAGGCAGUCAGCAAAACCACCAAACGUGUGGAGGAGAAUUCUGAUAUUCAAGAAAAGAGGUGCAUGGUGUUUGCAGGCUCCACAUUUGUGAAUGGGAACUGCAUAUGCUUAGUUACAUACACUAGUAUAAGUGCUGAGACUGGAAGAGAACUUUCACAGAUUUAG